AGCUGCUGUGUGAGUGGUGAGAACUUUCGGGUUAUUUUUUCUAUUUACUUUUUUUCUUUUCUUUCUAGAAAAUACAUGGUUUAGAAAACAAAUAGUAAAUAAAUUGGUAAUUUUGUGGCAGGAUGGCGUCUCUUGAUGAGACGCCAUCAUUAUCACUCCGCAAUGGUUUCAGAUGUGUUCCUGAAAAUAACGCUACAGUGGAGGAUGUGUUAAUUUCAGUUGGCGAUCAGAUUGGUCAUGAGAACAUUGUAUCUGCGUCACGAAUGAAUCAGGCCGUUGUUUUUUUUUUGAAUGAACAAAAUUUAGUCAAUCGUUUGAUAGUAAAUGGUCUUACUAUCAAAGAUGCUUUUGUGCAACUCUCUCCAAUGUAUACAUCGACAACGAAGGUAACAAUAUCAAACAUCCCGCCUUUCGUAUCCAAUGACGUUUUGCAACGUGAUUUAGCGCGUUUUGGAAAAGUUGUUAGUCCCUUUAAAACUGUUGCGCUUGGAUGUAAACAUCCGGCUCUGAAACACGUUGCGUCUUUUAGACGGUACGUUUACAUGGUGCUGGAAUCGCCCGAAAAUACACUGGAUAUUAAUUUUCGUGUGAAACACGAGGGAAGAUUAUAUAUGGUGUAUGCAACUACUGGCAGCAUAAGAUGUUUCGAGUGUGGAGACAUCGGACACAAACGUCUUAUGUGUCCACAUAAGAGAACAGGAGCAGAAAAUGCGGCAGAAUCAGAGGACGAGGGCGAAAACAAUAGCGUUGAUGCGGCCCGAGAUGAGGUUGUUCCACUUGUUGAGAAAUAUCGUUACCAUGACGAAGAGACGCCACCCGUACAGCAGAGUCCUGCACAUCUGACUGCAGUAAAGAAUGCAGAACUGUUACACCUCAGUGAUGCUGGACACACCCCCAUCGAUGGUAUCCAUGGUUACACACCCCAGAUGCAUACAUCACCUGCCAAGCCUGUGUUGCUUCCGAGUGGUCACGCCCCAUACUACGCCACCUCUACUCUGAUGAACGGUAUGGAUGGAGAUGUUGAAUAUGAGGAAAUCACCUUGGAGAGGGGCAACUCUGGUCUAGGCUUCAGUAUAGCCGGUGGGACCGAUAACCCUCAUGUUGGAGAUGAUCCCAGUAUCUUCAUCACUAAAAUCAUUCCAGGAGGAGCAGCGGCCCAGGACGGCCGACUGAGAGUCAGUGACAGCGUUCUGUUUGUCAAUGACGUGGACGUAAGAGAAGUCACUCACAGUUUUGCGGUGGAUGCCCUGAAGGAGGCGGGGCCCAUUGUACGACUCUACGUGCUACGACACAAACCGUCUGUUGAAAAGAUCAUAGACAUUAAACUCAUCAAAGGGCCUAAAGGUUUGGGCUUCAGUAUUGCAGGUGGAGUGGGUAACCAGCACGUCCCUGGUGAUAACAGCAUCUACGUCACCAAGAUUAUUGAAGGUGGAGCUGCACAUAAAGAUGGACGAUUGCAGAUCGGAGACAAAAUUCUUGCUGUGAAUAACAUGUAUUUAGAGGAUGUGAUGCAUGAAGACGCUGUAGCUGCUCUGAAAAACACUGGAGAUGUAGUGUAUCUGAGAGUCGCCAAAUCUCUCCAACAUUAUCAGGAUGUCUACAAUCCACCUGAUAUCACCAGCUCAUAUUCUCCUCAUAUGGAUAUGUCUGAUUACCCACAAGGCCUUAGUCCCUCGUCUCCACGGCGAUACUCUCCCAUCUCUAAAGACUUGCUGCUGGGGGAUGAGGACAUCCCCAGGGAGCCGAGGCGUGUCAUCGUUCACAGGGGAUCCACUGGUCUGGGCUUUAAUAUCGUGGGAGGUGAGGAUGGUGAGGGAAUCUUCAUCUCCUUCAUCUUAUCUGGAGGAGCAGCAGAUCUGAGCGGAGAGCUGAGGAAAGGAGAUCAAAUCCUCAGUGUGAAUGGUGUGGAUCUACGUCAUGCCACACAUGAGCAGGCCGCAGCAGCGCUGAAGAGUGCAGGACAGACGGUCACCAUCAUCGCACAAUACAGACCUGAGGAGUAUAGCAGGUUUGAGGCAAAGAUUCACGACCUGCGUGAGCAGCUGAUGAACAGCAGUCUGAUGUCGGCAGCAGCGUCAAUACGAGCCAGCCAGAGAAGCUUUUUUGUCAGGGCUCUGUUUGACUAUGAUAAGACGGCAGACUGUGGUUUUCUCUCUCAGGCCGUAGGCUUCAGGUUUGGUGAUGUUCUGCAGGUGUUUGACUGCACUGAAGAGGAAUGGUGGCAGGCUGGAAAAAUCUCUCCAAAUGGAGAACUGGAGGAGACGGGAUACAUUCCCAGCAAGAGAAGAGUUGAGAGGAAAGAGUGGCCACGCCUGAAGAGCCGAGACGCCAUCAGUGGACGCAGCGAAUACAUUGUGAGCUACGAGACAGUGACACAAGUUGAAGUUCAUUACGCGCGUCCAGUCAUUAUCCUCGGGCCGAGCAAAGAUCGAGUCAAUGAUGAUCUUCUCUCUGAAUUCCCAGACAAAUUUGGCUCCUGUGUUCCACACACGACACGGCCGAAGCGCGACUAUGAGGUGGACGGGCGGGAUUAUCACUUUGUGUCAUCUCGUGAACAGAUGGAAAAAGACAUUCAAAGUCAUCGAUUCAUCGAGGCUGGACAAUACAACAGCCAUCUGUACGGAACCAGCGUUCAGAGCGUCAGACAGGUCGCAGAACAGCAGGAGAAGCACUGUGUCCUAGAUGUCUCUGCUAAUGCUAUCAGAAGGUUACAGGCUGCACAACUUCAUCCAAUCGCCAUCUUCAUAAGACCCUCGUCCCUGCAGAACAUACUAGAUAUAAACAAGCGUUUGACUGAGGAUCAGGCACGGAGAGCUCUAGACCGAGCUGUUAAACUGGAGCAAGACUUCAUCGAGUGCUUCACAGCGGUUGUGGAAGGUGACAGCUUCGAGGAGGUUUAUCAUCGUAUAAAGACAGAGAUGGAGGAACAGUCUGGACCGUAUGUCUGGAUACCAGCAAGAGAGAGACUGUAAACACACACACACACACACACACACACAAACAUGAAGAUGGUGUGUCAUGUGACUCUGUCAGUGUGUAUGUGUGAGGUCACACAGCUGCUAACAGACCUGAGAACUGUUGAUCAACAGACUCCAACACAACACUGUAACACACGUGCUCAUCUGUGUGUGUGUGUGUGUGAGAGAGAGAGAGAACAGCAGCCGUGACACACGUGAAGUGAUGAUGAUGCAGGUGUUUGUGUGGGUUGUUUCCAUGGCAAUUGUGAGCUCAGUGAGUGCAGCACAAUCUCUGAGGCAAUAUAGACCUGACACAUGAGCACUGCGCACUUUAACAACACACACACACACGGUCACACACACACACACACUCACACACACUCAAAACACUGACUCUCCUGUGUGUGUGUGUGUGUGUGUGUGUGUGUGUCUCAUUGUGACGUAUCUCUAUAGGGCUACUGUUUACAUAUAAUAAAACUCUUUAAACUUCACAGGGAGAGAGAAGUGUGUGUGUGUGUGUGUGUGUACUGUUGACUAUUAAAAAUAUUUUUCUUUAUGAAUUAUUUCACAGAUGUACAUACCAACUCAGAUUAUCAACCAAUGGGGCUUUAAACACAUGAACAAACACACACACACACACACACACACAAAUUAACUCUUUUGUCCCUACAAACAAACAUCACACAGCCAUACACAACAUCUCCUCUACCCAUAAUGCACUGCUCUCAAACAUUCAACCAAAGGCUUGUUCUGCUUUAGUUUGAGUGCACCUGUUUUCACACACAUCUCUCCUGCGGUCGCUCUGGAUCAUAUGAAAUAAAUGAAUUCAUACUUCUAUUUACUGUUGAGCUCUAAAGUACUGACAUGAUAAAAUCAUUAAAGUCUUUUAAUAUU